GACUCAGUCCUCGUCCUCCUUCUCACUCCAGCAGCCAGGAAAGUCGCCUUAUUUCCAGGAUGGAAAUUCCAACUGUGCUUUUAUUGCUAGCAGUCCAGUGCAGUCUUAGCAGCAAACAGGGGGACAAAGAGGUCCUCGAACCUACGGCUACAAAGGCCAGGUACCAGAGUCAGACUGAGAGCACCAGACUUUUGGACAACAACAUCAGUCAGAACAUUUCUACCACAGACCUGACCUCCAGCCCAGCUACCAACCUUGUUAAUCAUCUAGGGUCUUUUGAGGGUCUCAGUGUCUCCUGUGCUGUGGGAUUCACUCAGAAAGGGGCUGCAGAGUGUCAGGAUAUAAAUGAGUGUGAGCAUGGAGAUGAAGGACCAUGUGGCUACCACAGCAAUUGUACUAACACCCCAGGCUCCUUUGUGUGUAGCUGUUUUCGUGGUUAUCUGAUGAGUUCUGCUGGUUGUCAGGAUGUAGACGAGUGUGCGUUAGCUGCAGUAACCGGUCUACAGGCGUGUGGACGAAAAGCGGUGUGUAAGAACAGCCCUGGUUCCUUCCACUGUCACUGUCCUACCGGAUUUGUCCUUGGACUUGAUGGACACAACUGUGUUGAUGUUGAUGAGUGUGCUUUUGAAGAGAGCUGCAGAAGGGAGCUCGGGAAUGUCUGCGUGAACACAGAGGGAAGCUACAAAUGUGUGUGUCAGCCUGGCUUUAAAGAAGAACAGGCAGCCUGCAUAGAUGUAGAUGAGUGUGUUGAGCAGGAAGGUGUGUGUACUAAUCAAGGGGAAUGUGAGAACACGUUUGGGAGCUAUAAGUGUGUGUGUUCAAACGGAUACCGCGGCAACGGGACCCACUGCACAGACUUGAAUGAGUGCGUCUCAGGGCUUCAUAACUGCAAUGUGAACGCUCGCUGUGGAAAUGUGAUGGGCUCAUACUUCUGCCAGUGCCAUCAGGGCUACGUCGGUGAUGGUCACUCCUGCUACGAUAUAAACGAGUGUGAUAUAAGUGACGGCCUUUGCGAGCAUAACUGUGCCAACUUACCAGGAGGGUACAGCUGCCAAUGCAAUGUAGGAUACACAUUGGCAGAUGAUCUACACAACUGUACAGACGUAGAUGAGUGUAGCAGAGGCAACGUGACGUGUGAGCAACUUUGCACCAACACACCGGGCUCUUUCCUCUGCUCCUGUCAUGCAGGAUAUCAGUUACACAUUGACAGACAAAGCUGUGUCGACAUCGACGAAUGCAAGCUGCAGAACGGGGGCUGUUCACAUAUCUGCAGUAACACUCCAGGAGGACAUGUGUGCCACUGUCCUGCUCCACUUCUGCUGGACCACCUCAGCUUCACCUGCGUCAACAUCACUUCAUGCGCCUUGAGGAACGGCGGCUGCGAUCAGUUAUGUUCUCUGGGAGCCGAGGAACGUGUUAAGUGUAGCUGCAGAGAAGGUUGGGAGCUGGAUACUGACCGAAGAACAUGUCUUGACAUCGAUGAGUGUGCGCUCUUUAAUGGGGGUUGUGAACAAGUGUGUAUGAAUCACGUGGGCGGAUUUAACUGUACCUGUAAGCCAGGGUUCGAACCUCGCACAGAUGAACCUACCAAAUGCCAACCGGUGUGUGAACCUUCAUGCCAGAAUUACGGUGUGUGUGUCGCACCUAACACCUGUGACUGCCCUGCUGGAUACCCAGGCCCUGGUUGCUCAGCCAUGUGCACUCCUCCCUGUGCUCAUGGUGGGAUCUGUAUGCGCUGGAACACUUGUCUGUGUCGUCCUGGCUGGACUGGAGAGGGUUGCCAUACAGCUGUGUGUGAGCUGCCAUGUGGGAACGGUGGUCGGUGUGUAGCUCCUAACAUCUGCCAGUGUCCGUCUGAUUAUUCUGGCCCUCAGUGUCUCACUCCGCUUUGUACUCCUCCUUGUCUGAACGGUGGGAGGUGUGUGGAUGUCAACACCUGUAGCUGUACAGGGGCCUGGCAGGGAGCUCGCUGUCAGAUAGAACCAGUGCAAUGUGUAAAGCCCUGUAACAAUGGUGGAGAGUGUGUCGGACUCAACAGGUGUCGAUGCUCCUCUGGCUACACAGGGGAUCUCUGUGAAACAGCCAUGACAAUGCCCUGUGUGCCGCCCUGCCAGCAUGGUGGCACCUGCAGCCCUCAAAACACAUGCACCUGCCCAGCAGGGACCAGCGGCCUGCGGUGUGAGAAGUUGACUUGUCCAGUAGUGACCACGGUCGUCAGCAUGGCUCGAGCAGUACGAAAAGGAUUUAAAGAAAGUUACGUAGAUCGCUGUGGACCUCUUGGGGUUUUGCUCUGCACCAAAUACAGGAUAAAUCAAGCACGCGUGUAUCUGCAGGCAUACAGAGUGGGAUACAAGAUCCAGUGUCCGAAUAAAACCGGAAUAUGAUCCAUACAAUCCAAAUGACACAUAACCCCAUCAACAUACACAAAAAUACACAUAUUUGAUGUGCUGUAUUACAUUCCUACACUUUUAAUAUGUCUCAAAACAUUUUAGUAAAUUACAUAACUUUAGUACAUGUUUGGACUAAGGAUUACUUCUCGGAUGAACUUUUAAACAGUAAUUGGAUAUGUUUGUGUAUGAAGAUGUUAGAUGUAGACAAACUUAAUUAUAACGAGUCUGAUUGGUUGGAGAGGUUUCGGUCUUGUAUUGCAUUAAAUUAAAGUUGCGCAAUGCCUUCGGUAUAAAGUAAUUGUCACGUGCACCCUACAUAGUACACUUCAUAUAGUGCAUGCUAUUUUAAUAUUCAGCCACAGAAGAAAAUAUGGCAGAAAAACAGAGCUGAUUGUCUAUGUGCAUUUCUUUUUCCUCGGGAACUCUGAUUACCAGCAAUCAUCUCAAGGACAUACGCAAACAUCUCCAGCAUGAAAGUGUAUCUGCUAUGUGUUGUAUUUUACUUCUUCUAACUGCCAGGGCUGGUGUCUAACACGGAUAUCACCAGAUAUCGUCAUUACACAUCACUCCUAUUCAUUGUGUCUGUUUACCUAUUGAUGUGUAGAUUUUGUAGCUAAUUUGUGUAGCAUGUGACUGGAAUCCAGAUAAAUAAGAGCAACUGCUGUAGACACACUAGUGGACUGGACUGUUGGCUCAGACAGAACUGGAGUAUGUGUAUCCUGUUAUUCUUUCUUGCCCUGCCAUAUAUCAUGGCUCACGGAUCACCUACUGCACUCUGCUCACAGACCUGCAUCUAACAAUUCCAGUGACUGAACUGUACACAGCUCAAACUGCCAUGGACCUGCCUGGACUCCUUGGAGUCCAAGCUGAGCGCUACUGCUCAGAGACUCUUGUGUCCAAUCCAAACUCUAGUGCCAGCACAGACUUCUCAGCCCCAGUUCUCAGUUUCUCAGGAUGCAACCUAAUCAGCCCAACAUUUGUAGGGUAGGAGUUGUUAGCCCAAAAAGCUCAAGAAAUAUUUCAAGGUUCUCUCAUUGGAUGGAUGUCUUGAGGUCAGAUUCUUCCAUACAUUGGAUGAAGUGGCGGCUGAGAUGCAUUGCUCGGCUCAAAAGAGUUGAUUAAAGCCUUGCUUUUGACAGACUGAAAGAAUAGAAAACUCUCAGCUGGUCAGGUUUUGACUGGCACAGUCCAAGCUAACAGAAGCAUGCAAAACAAACUGUCUAUCCUGGAUCCUUGGGUUGUUCUUUGGGUCUGCUGCCAAAGAAGCCUUAGAUCUGAGAAUUCAGGCUUUGGAUUGAUAUCAAAGGCAACAAAACUAAGUAGAACCAAUAGCUUGCCAAGGGAUGGAUCAACGUUCCUUGCCUUGUUUGAACCACAGCAUAUGUUCAAGUACAAUAUCCAAGGUUUCCUUAAAGUUAUGUGACCAGUGGGAGUGAGGCUUGCAUUCAGAUGUGGUGCAGCAGAUCUGGAAACAAAUCAGACAGGUACAGGUGAACCUCUUUGUCAGCACAGAUUUGACUUAUUGUCUCUUUUGUGUAGACACACAGGACUCUGGGAAUUAUAAAUUGUAUUCCCAUCCUCCUAAGGAACCAAGAUCCUUCGUCGAUUCUGCUCAUGCUACAAAAAAAUCAGUAAUUGAACCAGAGUUGUUAGACACCACCCCAUGCAGUUAGUAGGGGUAAAAAUCUGGUUACCCGGUGUUCAGAAAAUAUGAUUCAUAUUUUCUGCUGGUAUCAUUUAUUAUUAUUUUGUGUA